AUGAUUUGGUCAUCUCACUCAUGGUGGACGCUGCUCAGCGUGGCCCUUCUGAGCCACCUGGCGAUAGCACUUCCAGCCGUAGAGCAUGCCACAUCCGCCGCUGCGAAUAUCUGCAACGGACGCUCAGAGUACUGCUCGCGCGCAUACUCGGAAGUCACAUUCGUCGGAUCCCACGACUCGGCAUUUGUGGGCGAAUUACCUCAGCAGAAUCAGGACAUUGAUGUGACCGCACAGUUGAACAUGGGUAUUCGAUUUCUGCAAGCUCAGACCCACCAUUCACUCAUCGACAAGAAUGUUCUGGAGCUGUGCCACACCUCGUGCUUGCUGGAGGAUGCAGGGACUCUUGAGUCCUAUCUUCGUACCAUCAAGACCUUCCUGGACGCCAAUGCCAACGAAGUGGUGACGCUUCUACUCACCAAUGGUGAUUCUGUGGGCAUUACCGAGUUCAACGAAGCUUUUGCGAGCAGUGGAAUCGAUCGAUAUGCAUUUGUUCCUUCGUCCAAUCCUUUGCCGCUGGAAUCUUGGCCGACGUUAGGACAAAUGAUUUCCCAAGGAACCAGACUAGUCGUCUUUCUAGACUACGGUGCCAACACCGCCAAAGUAAACUACAUUCUCGACGAGUUUGCAUACUACUUUGAGACUCCUUACGAUGUGACAGACUCGACUUUUUCCGGAUGCAGCAUCGAUAGACCUUCUGGAGCCUCGCCGUCCGGCCGCAUGUAUAUCGUCAAUCAUUUCCUAGACGUCGACAUUUUCGGAAUCAAGGUUCCAGACCGUACGGCGGCGAGCUCUACAAAUGCAGCCACUGGCAAAGGUAGUAUAGGUGCGCAAGCUGCAGUGUGCCAGAGCCUGUACAACAGAAUGCCAAAUGUGGUCUUGUUGGACUUUGUGGACAAGGGCAGUGCGAUCCAAGCUCAAAACGCACUGAAUGGGGUGUAA